CACAUUUUGGAGUUUUCUAAAAUUGAAUUCCCUGAUAAAUAGUUGCUCCAUCACCUGAGUAUCUAAAGGCACAGUGCACAAUCGGUACUUCUGGUGCAACGACUGCGGCAAGGUGGUCACGAUGAGUCACUCGAGUGGGUAGACAAUUUCGAUGAUUCCGGUGCGCCCAGCCAUUUUAAACCUUGCUUCAAAAACGUGACAUUUCGUGGCAAUAUUUGUGGCAUCUUUCACUGUGGUAGUCUCGAAGAGGACAUGAGCUGCCAUUUUCUGCCAUUUUCCCUAGAAGCAAUCCAAGAAGUCAUUCAUGGUGAACGUUGGCAGGCAAAAGACCGAUUGACUGCUUGUCUGUUUCCAGGAGCAUCGAUGCCAGCUGUCGCCGGCGAAUACGAAAUGAAGGAGCAGUUGCUGGACAUGGCACCACGUUAUCCUUCUUCUGAUUUCUGUGUGGUCUUGAACAGUGCGGAAUUACAUGACAGUGCAACGUUGUAGGAGACCUACACAUUAAAUCGCCGGUGGGAUUUCUUGUGUCUUGACGCGGCGUGGCUUGCACCACCUCGCUGCGCAGCUGAUGGCAUGGGGUCUUGUAUAUGGUUCAUGCAACAACGCACCAAUUUUUCCUGUAAGGUGUUCUAUGUGUGUAUUUACAUGGCGCAUAUCAUCAGGAUUACAUAACCUCUGCUACCACAAGAGACUGUCGCUCGUGUAGACUUCCUAGUGACUCAGCGUUGACCGUCUCAGUAAAGUUGCCCGGCUGGUAGUUCUAGCCUAGAGGACGGCAGUUUUCCUUCGUCGAUUUGCUAUCGUCAUACAGACAAGUACUUCGUCUGCAUCUCUAUACGGACUAUUCUGACGCAGCACACCUCAAUGAGAAGCUCAGGCAGUAGUAUAUCGUCCUCGAUGCCGGGUGCGGGUGCCACCAAACAGCGAGACAUCUGCUACCCGGUUGAGAAUGGGCUUCAGCCGGUACACGGAAGCAUGGAGGAAUCGCGAAAACCACGAGACAAAGCAAAACGCGUCCAGGUGGAGUUCGUGUAUCUUCGGCAAAAGACCAAUCUCCUCCAGCAGGAGAGAGACAUCCUCCGAUGGCACAGUGGCAACCAUUUCAAGGGGCUGUCGCUCAAGCGCGAUGAGAGCGGGACGCUACUGCAGAGAAUUGCAGACCUUCAAGCAAGCAUCCAAAAAUUGAGACUUGAAAAAGGGCGGGCUACGCGUUUACAAGCAUCUUUGUCUCACCAGGCCUCAAAAAUCGAGCAAGAGAACGAGGAACUUGAAAGAGAGCGACAGGCUGUCGUCCAUGACAUCGAACAAUGGCGUGCCAGGCGAGCUGGUUUUGAAGCUGAAAUCACGCGUGAACGACGCGAGACAGACGAAGAGCGGAGAAAGCGAGGUUCACAAUACCGAUUGCUUCAGUUGGCAAAGAACCGUGGAAAGAAGAUCCAAGCAAGAGCUCACCUUCUGAGCACAAUGGAACUCCGAGCCCGUGAAACCCAGGAGAACUUCGACGCUUAUAAGGCGUAUGGCUACAACAAGCUUGCGCUUCUUCGUUCAUGUUCUGACAACAUGUGACACCUGGUCUCUCUGGAGGGGUUGCAGAGCCCGCAUACCCAUCUUACUGGGACGAUUGUGUCUUCAUUGAGGGCUUUUCAAAGUUGCCUCCUUUUCGCUUCGCAUAUGACCGUACAUUAUAUAUGCUCUGCAUUCUCGCUUCUGGAUAAUCUCAAGCGUUUACAGGGAAACUCGGAGGAAUAAUGCGGCAGCCACAGGCCAAUCUGGUCACUGUUCGGAAACAGCAGUUUUUUUCCGAGGAGCCCAAUUGGAAGGCCAGGGAAACAAUCAGCAGCGUGAGGAGUGAAUUAUGAAUUAAUUUGAAAAGUUGCAUUCGGACAUUCGUGCUUCUCUGCAUGUGACAUGACUGUACACUACCGAAAAUCCUCUCAAAUCUAAUCCAGUGGAUCAACUUUGGUGGGAACCUGCGCACUCCAGCAGGGUUAAAAAGACUUGCUACAGUCCAUGUGGACAAAAACGUGUGAUUCGCUUGUAAGAAAGAACGAAUUGUAGCUCUCAGAAUAGCCAUAACUUGUCGUGGAACUCAGCCUCCAUAACAAGCGUCUGCUCUAAAUGUCCACAGCAUGUGCAUUACGAUGUGAACGUCUAGGCUGCUCGGAGGCACGUAUACUAUUUAUAGGUAUACGAUAUACGCUGGGGCUCUCCCAGCAUCAUCACGUGUCGUUUGCGUGCAGUGACCAGGC